AUGAGUCAAACAUCAAAUCCAAUAUAUGGAUUAAGAAGAAAUAAUGGAUUUGCUGGGGGUUCAAACCCCUCCAACAACAACAACAACAACAGCAACAACAACCAUAAUGGCAAUAGAAUAUCUUUAGGGUCAGCUACUAGAACAUCAUCGAUCAUAUCUAAUAAUCUUCCAUUUAGACAAUCAUUAUUACAUGGGAAUUAUGAUAAUGCUAUCAACAAUACUCCUUCAACUUCUUCUUUACAAAAGCAAUCACAACAACAACAACAAUCCCUGCAAACUCUGCAAACAAAAAGAAGAUCAACAUUAUUAUCAACCCCAGCAACUACAACUAAACGAAGACAAAGUAUGAUGGGUAAUAACUUGCAUCAACAACAUCAAUAUGGAUCUACUGCUUUACGACAUUCAACUCAACCUUCAUCAUCAAUGAAUUCUCAAUUCAAUCAAGCAUUACAACAUGUAUCACCAUAUUAUAAUCCAACGUCAUAUUCAUCACAAACACCAUCUUCUCAACCUUCAUCGCAACAAUAUCAACAACAACAACAACAAGCAAAUAUACCAUCAUCUGCAUCUUCUUCACAACAACAACAAUCUAUGGACCCUCGACCAUUAAAAGAUAAGAAAUAUCAAGAAUUAAUCCAAAAGGAAAUCAUUCGAUAUUUAAUUGAUUAUAAAUUUGAAAUUAAAACCAAUAUUGCCUUGACAGAAAAUAUUUUGAAACUGCCGACGCAAAAAAAUUUUAAUGCUAUAUUUAAAUUUUUAUAUAAUCAACUUGAUCCUAAUUAUAUGUUUAUAAAACUGUCAAUUGAACAAGAAAUUGUCACAUUAUUGAAAUUAUUAAAUUAUCCUUAUAUGCAUACAAUUACUCGAUCACAUUUUAGUGCUGUUGGAGGCAAUAAUUGGCCAACAUUUUUAGGAAUAUUAUAUUGGUUAGUAGAAUUGAAUUUAUCAUUACUGACUUUAAAUGAUGAUGAUUUUUUGGCUGAUGAUGAUUUUGAUAAAAUAUUCAUUGAAUAUAUUUGGAAAUCUUAUAGUUUAUUCAUUAAUGAUGAAGAAGAGGAAGAACAACAACAACAAGAACAACAACAACAAGCAAAUAAUGGUGGUAGCGGUGGUGGUGGUGGGGAUAAAUUUUAUAAUGAUAUGAAAAUAAAAUUUGAUCAAUUACAAGAAAAAUUAAAUCAAGAAUUAAAUAAUGUUGAACAACAACAUGAAAAUUUAUUGAAUAAAUAUCAUGAAUUAAAUAAUCAAUUAAAAAUCCGUGAUGAUGCUUUAAAAAAAACCGUGGCAUUAGAAGAAGAUUAUAUGAAAUUAAAAUCUUAUAAUCAAAAUGUUGAAAAAAUGAUGCCUGAAUGGAAUAAAAAAUUGGAACAAUUACUGAAUGAAGUUAUAUCAUAUGAAGAACAAAUGAAUAAAUUACAAGAUGAAAAAAAAUCUAUUGAAAUGGAUUUACAACAACGAGGUAUAUCAAUUGAUAAAGUGAAUGAAUUAUAUAUUAAACGAGAUCAAUUAUCAAAAUCAAUUGAAAUUAUAUCUAAUAAAAUUGAUGAUCUCAAAGAAAAAUUACUGGGUCGAUCAUUUGAUUUAGAAAAAAAUUUUGAUAAUUUAGAAAAUUUAACUAAUCAAUAUAAUGAAAUUACCAAUAAGUUUAAUUAUUAUUACUAUCAACAAAUUCAGCAGAACCAACAACAAGAUCAACAACAGCAAGAAGAAGAAGAAGAAGAAGAAGAAGAAGAAGAGCAUCAAUUGAUACCACAAUUUGGAUUAAAAUUAGAUGAAAAUAUUAAAACCACCAAUGAACGACGACAAUUUACUCGAGAUGAAAUAUUUCUAAACAUUAAUGUUAAACAAGAACGACAAAAUUUAUUAAAUUUCCGUAAUGAAUUAGAUCAUCAAAUAUUAAAUGAUCGAUCACAAGCCAUGAAAUUCAAUGAAAAAUGUGAUAUUGAACAAGAUAAAAUUAAAGAUCAACAAUCAAUUAUUGAAGAAUUAAAAAUUCAAGAUUCUUUAAUGAAACGGAAACUGGAUGAUUUAAAACAAACAAUUUUUCAAAUACAAAAUGAAUUUAAUAGUCAAAUUGAAUCAUUAGAUCAACAAAUUAGAGAAACUAAAUCAAAUAUUCAAUCGGAUAUUUUACAAUUGGAAAGAAAAUUACGUGAUGUCAAUUUGAAUAAAAGUUUGAUUCAAGAACAAUUGAUUGGUAAACGACAAAAAAUUGAUGAAGAUGUCAUUAAUUUAACGUCAUUUAUAUUGAAAUUUAAAACUAAUAUUCAAGAAAAAUUGAUUAAUAUUGCUGAUAUUGUUCAAGAUCAAUUGAAAAAAGAACAACAACAACAACAACAACAACAAGCAUCACAACAGCUAGAGUGA